AUGUCGAUAGCCCAGCUCUCCCGGCUUUUGCCUCUGCCGGAGGAUGAGCUGAAGCAGAUGCUCGACUACGCGUCCACCUUAUCCAAGGCCGAGGCCGCGGCGCAUUUCAACGACCUGCUGGGCGACUCACCGCAAGCUGUCGAGUUCAUUUCCUCGUUCAAUUCUAGGCGAAAAGACACGAAGAAAGAAUCACCACCCGCGGCCGCAUCGAACAGCUCUGGCCCUGCCGAACCAGCGCCAAGGACGUCUGGACCGAAGAAGAAGAAGAAGCAGCCGAACAUCCACACGCCAGUCGCAAGAAAGGUUGAGGCUUUCCCACCGCUCGCCGGCACUAGCUACACGAAGAAGGAUUCAGAGGAAGAUUACUACGGCGGCAAGAAGCCCAACCAAGCUGGGGAAGGGAGCGGCAGCGCAUCAGCAAGCUUCAAGCAACAACCGCAGAAGAGCGCAACUCCGCCUCCACAACAGCAAAGGACUGCCGGAGGAUACCUGAUAUCUGACGUCAAAGCGAAGCCAAAGUCAAACCCCGUAUCGCGAUCUUCGACACCGAAGCCGUCGACGAAACAAACCACAACAAAGAUCUCGAUUGCUGGCGGGACCCCCAUGGCCGGCGCGUCGACAGCCCUCAACGACCUGGACGCAGCAAUUCGCUCUCUGGAAAUCACAACAAAUCCUUCCCUGGGUGAUGACCCGAAAGCCAGGAGGUGCAACUGUGUCGCUACCAGACAUCCGCUCCAGACUGCCGCCCCCAACUGCCUGUCCUGCGGCAAGGUGAUUUGCGUCAAGGAAGGGCUAGGGCCAUGCACCUACUGCGGGGCGCCUCUCUUGUCGUCAGAGGAUGUGCAAGGGAUGAUCAAGGAGCUCAAGGCCGAGAGAGGUCGGGAGCGUAUGGCGGCGGACCGCGAGGCUCACAAGCGUCCUGAAGUCAGCAAGAAGCCGGCGCCGUUCAGCCAGAACAAAAUGUCCGAGGCGGAAGCCAAGGCGCGGGAGCACCGCGAUAAGCUGUUGAACUUCCAGGCCCAGAAUGCGCGGAGAACGACGGUCAGAGACGAGGCAGCAGACUUUGACGUAUCGGGGGCUAUGGCCGGCGCAGGAGGCAACAUCUGGUCGACGCCGGAGGAGAGAGCUCGGGAGCUCAAGAGACAACAGAAGGUUUUGCGCGAGAUUGAAUGGAACGCCAGGCCGGAGUACGAGAAGCGCCGGCAAGUCGUCAGUAUUGACGUGGUCAGGGGCAAGGUGGUGAGGAAGAUGGCGGCGGUGGAACGGCCAACGACGCCGGACGAAGAGGACGUUAUUGUCCACGAGGAUGUGGACGAGAAUGCAGGGGUCGGGCAGCGGCAAGGCGGAGGAGGUGGUGCAUUCAGCCACAACCCUUUGCUCGGGGCGCUGAUCAGACCUGUGUGGGAUGCCAAGGGCAAGGGCAGCCAGCUCGAGGGACGGAAGGAUAGAAAGACACAGUGGAGGAGGGUACAGGACGAUUUCAACGACAACGAAGCGGUGAUUCUAGACGGAGGUGCCCACGGACAUGCUGUCACGGCUGAUGAGCCCGCCUGUGGCUGA